AUGCUUUCAAACAGGUGGCUGGCUCCAUUAGCCGUUAUUCUGUAUACGCUUUUCCUAGUGGUUUUGCCUCUUGGACCACGUACAAACUCAGUUUUAGUUAGAGGUGAAGAGGAGAGCUAUGGUACCGUCAUUGGUAUCGAUUUAGGUACGACUUAUUCAUGUGUUGCUGUUAUGAAAAAUGGUAAGACCGAAAUUCUAGCUAAUGAACAAGGUAAUCGUAUUACACCUUCCUACGUUGCAUUCACAGAUGAAGAAAGAUUGAUUGGUGAUGCUGCUAAAAACCAAGUAGCUGCUAAUCCAAAGAACACAGUGUUUGAUAUCAAGCGUUUGAUCGGUUUGCGUUACAGUGACAAAUCUGUUCAACGUGAUGUUAAACACUUGCCAUACGAUAUUGUUGACAACAAGGGUAAACCUGGUGUUAGAGUUACCGUUAAGGGAGAAGAAAGAGUCUUCACACCGGAAGAAAUUUCAGGUAUGGUUCUAAGUAAGAUGAAGCAGAUUGCCGAAGAUUAUUUGGGCAAGAAGGUUACACAUGCUGUGGUUACGGUCCCAGCAUAUUUCAACGAUGCUCAAAGACAAGCCACUAAGGAUGCAGGUACUAUUGCAGGUUUGAACGUUUUGAGAAUUGUGAAUGAACCUACAGCUGCCGCCAUCGCUUACGGUUUGGACAAAUCGAGUGACGAACACCAAAUCAUCGUUUAUGAUCUUGGUGGUGGUACUUUUGAUGUUUCCCUAUUGUCUAUUGAAAACGGUGUUUUCGAAGUGCAAGCUACCGCUGGUGAUACCCAUCUAGGUGGUGAAGAUUUCGAUUACAAGAUUGUGCGUCAAUUGAUCAAACAAUUCAAGAAGAAGCACGGUAUUGAUGUUUCUGAUAACAAUAAGGCAUUGGCUAAGUUAAAGAGAGAAGCUGAAAAGGCUAAGCGUGCACUUUCAUCUCAAAUGUCCACUCGUAUUGAAAUUGACUCAUUUGUUGAUGGUAUUGACUUGAGUGAAACUUUGACUAGAGCUAAGUUUGAAGAAUUGAACUUGGAUCUUUUCAAGAAGACUUUGAAACCAGUUGAAAAGGUCUUGGAAGAUGCCGGUUUGGGCAAGAAGGAUAUCGACGAUAUUGUUCUUGUUGGUGGUUCUACUAGAAUUCCUAAGGUCCAACAAUUGUUGGAAUCUUUCUUUGACGGUAAGAAGACUUCAAAGGGUAUUAACCCAGAUGAAGCUGUCGCCUUUGGUGCUGCAGUGCAAGCAGGUGUUCUUUCUGGUGAAGAAGGUGUUGAAGACAUUGUGUUAUUGGAUGUUAACGCCCUAACCUUGGGUAUUGAAACCAGUGGUGGUGUUAUGACUCCAUUGAUCAAGAGAAACACUGCUAUUCCAACAAAGAAAUCUCAAAUCUUCUCUACUGCAGUAGACAACCAACCAACUGUUAUGAUUCAAGUUUAUGAAGGUGAAAGAGCUAUGGCAAAGGAUAACAACUUGUUGGGUAAAUUCGAAUUGACUGGUAUUCCACCAGCUCCAAGAGGUAUUCCACAAAUUGAAGUUACAUUUGCUCUAGAUGCCAAUGGUAUUCUAAAGGUUUCUGCCACUGAUAAAGGUACUGGUAAGAUGGAAACUAUCACCAUCACCAACGAUAAGGGUAGAUUGACUCCAGAUGAAAUCGAAAAGAUGGUGGAGGACGCCGAAAAAUUCGCAUCUGAAGAUGCUGCUGUUAAGAAGAAGAUUGAAGCUAGAAACAAGGUAGAAAACUACGCACACUCUUUGAAAAACCAAGUUAAUGGUGAUUUGGGUGAAAAAUUAGAAGAAAAAGAUAGAGAAACUCUAUUAGAUGCUGCUUCUGAUGUGCUAGAAUGGUUAGAAGAUAAUUUCGAUUCUGCUAUGGCUGAAGAUUUCGAAGAGAAAUUCAACUCAUUGUCCAAGGCAGCUUACCCAAUUACAUCUAAGCUUUACGGUGGCGCUGGUGAAGGUGCAUCACCAGAUGAUGAAGAAGACGAAGAAGAUGACGACGGAGAUUACUUCGAACACGACGAAUUGUAA